AUGUCGGAUUCCCUUCUCAAUAACACAGUUGGGCCACUGGUCUGGUUGAUGUCCAAAGAGCGUGAAGGGGCUGAAAUGAUUGCAUGGAGCACCUGCUUCCCUGUAGAAGACUAUCCAGAAACAUUCUACGUGAAUGAUCCAAUCCACGGUUUGAUCUGCUUGCCUGGGGUCGUGAAGCUUUUCGUGGACUCCAUGGAGUUUCAGCGCAUGCGCUUCAUUAAGCAGCUGGGCAUCUGUGAAUGGGUCUUUCCAGGCGCAACGCACAACAGGUUCUUUCACUCCAUUGGCACGGCCUACCUUUCCUGGGAGAUGAUCCGCGGGCUUCAGAGCCGCCAGCCGGAGUUACAGAUCACGAACCGCGACCUCACCUGCGUCACUUUGGCAGGCCUUUGCCACGAUCUUGGGCACCCGUGCUUCUCCCACAUGUUCGAGGUCUUCAUGCACCAGCUGGGCCAUGACAAGUGGAGCCACGAACAGGCCUCCGUCGUUCUCGUCAAGGAGUUGCUGGGGCGCUUUUGGCCCCGGCUUUCCGCGGAGCUGGGCCUCGGCUCUGAUGCAGAGGGAGACGACCAGCAGCUCAUCCAGGAGCUCAUCGAUCCGCCGAAGGCCGAAAUGGAGAAGCUGAAGGAGGGCAAGAGGCUGAAGGAGGAGUGGGGCAGCCUCCUCAAGGGGCGGACUGUGGACAAGGCAUGGAUUUAUGAGAUCGUCAGCAACUGGAGAACAGGCAUCGACGUCGACAAGUUCGACUAUUUCAGGCGUGAUGCCCUCUUCCUCGGGAUUGGUCGGCAGCACGACCACAACCGCUACAUGAAAUCCGUCAAGGCCGCGGGGCAAAGCGGCAAACCUGACCACAUCAGGGAGAACAUUCUGGAGCUACGCAAGACUCUGCAUCGGUUCGCCUACCAGCACAAGACGGUGAAGAAGUUGGAGCAGCACAUGAUCGACAUAUUGAUGCUUUUCAACAAGCAUGCCACCGUGACUGGAACCAACAACCGCCGAAUGAGCAUCGCCGAAGCUGCCCUUGAAGUCGACCUCGUGGCAUACCCGAAGCUCACGGAUAUGCUGGUGGAGACCAG